GUUUAGUUUUUGUGUUGAGAAAAUGUUUUUUGUGAUCUAAGUGAAUACAAUUUGUAUUUUGUUUCCAAUAUCUUUAAAAUGAAAGAUAGUACAAUGGAACUACAAAAACCAAGUAAAACAAGUUUGUUGAAAUUGAUGAUUUUACGUGCUUGGCGUGAACGUUGGAAUGUUGCGCUUUGGGGUACCAAUAUCAAGCGAGUGCUCCCGCGCGGAGUUAGUGGUGAUGCUUAUAACUUGGCUGAUUGUAUACUACAGCAAUCUUUGGUGGGUUCGAAUGCCAACCCGUUAAUAUUAAAUUAUUUAAAACACUGUCUUUGUGCAAAUUUGGUCUCACAUGCCGCUGUUUUACGGCGAAUAUCGAAAUAUGAUCAUUUCGAUCGCGUUUAUUGCAUCGCGGCGUUAUUAGAAUUCCUAGAAGAUGUUAUGGAUGGUGUAACGUGCAGAAACAAACCAGAGGAGGGUAUAUUACCCAAUGCGAUUGCUUCUUUAGUAUAUUGGAUAAUGCAAAUAGUUGCUAUGAUCAUGAAAAACUAUGAAAUUGGCGGGGAAAUUAGCGCAGAACAAUCAUUUAUGUUCGAGAAAACAUGUAUUAUUGUCGACAAAUUUAUAUCCAAUCAAUACUUGAUGGGCAUAUUUUAUAUCGGUUGUUAUGAUGACAUAGAAAUGUAUGGUAAAAUACGUGACAAAUACAACGGCCUAAAGAAUACACUUGUUAGUAGUCAUUUAUCGUCGCGUAAUAUGUCUAUAGCACAAUCGCUGCAACAGCUGGCAUAUUUAGAUGCUACUAAGUUAACUAUGCCACGUUUGCAUUCAAAAGGCGUGGAGUCAAUAAGCUAUUGCGUACAACCCCUCUUAGCUGUGGAAGUAUUAUUAAAUCCAUGUAAUGAUACAUCAUACUUUGUCGCCGAGCUGCAAAUGAUACAACGCCUAAAAAACUAUUCACUCACACGUUUAAUUUACGAAAUUGUGCGCGCGGGCUUCAUUUCACUGAGUAAUGUGGUGGAAGUUAGCCGUGACACAUUGUGGGGCGCAUUCACAUUCUUCAAAGUACCACACAUCAUCAAGCAAUUGCAUGCACUUCAACGCUGUAAGCAUAAGUCUUUUAUUAUGUUUAAGGAAAUGUAUUUAAUUUUUCCUGUAUUUUCAGCUAAUGACGAGCAAACGCCCACCGAUCAUAUCCCUGAGGUAGUUGAGGCUUUUGAGCUACUUUUAGAAGAUAACUUGCUGCUUGAUUUAAUGGAUACGAAGUGCUCUUGUAACAUUAUAGAGUAUCUGUUGAACGAUUGGACUAAGCAACAUCUGGUCACUGAUGUGCAUGUUAAACAUUUUGCUGCCCAACGGCAAAGCACAUCAUUGAUGCUUCAAAAACGUGAAACAGGCAACCAAGCUUUGUCAAUAAUAAAUUUCAUCAUACGCGCAGAAGUGCCGCUAUCCGGUGUACUUAAGACACUAAGCACCGAUUACAAUAAAGUUCAGGAAGCGCUGUUAGGUGUGCUCUGCCAAGUUUUAGUCGGUAACAGUUUCGAUUUGAUAUUGUCUGUGGCAACAGUGGAAGGUCGUUUAAAAACAUUCGUUACACGACUGAUACAGUGUAAUGAAAAUUCGAAGCAGGUUCCGGGUGAAAUUGGUAAACCCUCAAUUAUACGUUCAACACUUUUUGAUGUGUCAUUUUUGAUGCUGACGUUUAUAGUACAAACUUAUGGAUCUGAUGUCGUUUUAUCGGAACAUGGUGACUCCUUCUUCGAGAAGUGGGUGCGUGAAUGCAUGGCCGAACGUAAUAAGCCGAAAAAUCCACGUAAUAUGAUUGCACUGUGCGACGAACAAAUUGUGGACGAAUUGUUAUUGAGUUUGCGAAGCCCCGAGGCACAACAUAAAAACAGCAAUCUCACAUGGCAAGAUAUAUGCUUAAAUCUACCUGGAGUGCUCAAUCAUGUGCUUAUUGCAUGGGAAAAGGACAUACUGACAUCGACAGAUGUGAAAAGUAUAUUGGAGAAUAUCAAACGUAGAAUGUUCUCCUUCUCCGUGUGCGCUACUUCAUUUUUAUGCGCUUAUAUGUAUUCAGUUCGUGAGAAUGAGCUGCUCAAGCCAUUAAAUAUGAUACAACAAUUUUUAACACCACUCAGCAGUGAAGAGAUGGCUUCGCAGGAAAAUGUAAAAGAGCGCCUGGGCUUGUCCUUUCAAAUAAUACGUAAAAUGCAACAAGAUGCACAUCCCUCGGGCAAUACCAAAUCUCGGAGUAUAACACUCACACAGAAUCUGGUGUCACAAACACCACUUUCUGAUCAGUUUCGUGAGGUGUGGAAAACGGUGGCUGAGCAUGGCUGGUUGCCAGUAAUGUCAGCACAGGUACUGGAGUCUUUAUUGCAAUCUGGCGGUCCGACUUGGUUAACAAGACAUUUGGUACAAGAAAUAAUGAUCUGCAAAUAUACAAAGGACAUGAUGAAAACCAUGGAUAUAGUAUUUGCUAUUUUACACUUGGACAUUGAACGCAAUACUGAGGCGCUACUAAAGGACGUAAUACCCUCAUAUGCACAUCAAAUGGUUGGCGGAGAAAUAAAUGAACCCCAGUCACAUGUAUUGGCUCUGCUCUCCGUAUACUGCAUUAUUUCGGCACUGGAGCAUCGCCAAGGUGCCAUUGGUAACUUACAACAAAAACGUACACGCACGCAUAGUGAAGACUGCAACAGCGGUGAUUUGGAUUUAAAUAAUGUACCGAAAUUACGAAAACUGAAUCAGGAAGGCAGUUCGGAUAACUCAUGUUCGAAUGAUUUCCUUAGUGACACUCAUCCCCUAUUGUCAGCUGCCGCUGUUGUUAGUAAUGCUGAUAAUGUUGGUUCGACGGUUUCACGAGAUGCAGCACGAUCGGCAAACCUUAAAGAGCCAUUGCAAUCUAGUGUACAACAUAUCUUUAAAGUAUUACAGAAAUUUGUAACAUCGGACGAGUUGACGCCAAAAGUGUAUUUUGCAUAUCGUUUUAUUUCUUUGCUAGUCGAGUGUGGUGGAGAGCGUAUACGGCCGGUACUCAAAUUAUUGCCUACACAACUCGUCCAAAAUCUACUCAAAAUUAUGAUCACCGAGGACAUUAGCGUGGGCUUGAUAUGUCGUCUCAAUGAUCUUCGCACACCAACUGGACGGCAAUCGGCUGUAUCUGAUUUAAGUGUUUGGCGUAAUAUUCGUUUAAAAGAGAACAGUUUGAGAUUGUAAAUUUUACAAAUGUGUCUAAAUAUACCAACAAGCAUAUAUACACAUACAUAUGUAUAUUCAAA